AUGGAAAACUUAGAACCCAGACUCGAACCAGACCCAGGACCAGGAUCUGGACCAGGAUCUAACCUGGACUGUGAGUCCCUGAGCAGUGACCGCUCCAAAGACCUGCCUGUGGAGUUUAAAGGACCUACUGGACUCAGGGAAAAGAAAAUAAGACCCGGACUCAGACCAGACCCCGGAUCUGGACCUGGAUCCAACCUGGACUGUGAGUCCCUGAGCAGUGACCACUCCAAAGAUCUGCCUGUGGAGUUUAAAGGAUCCACUGGACUCAGAAACAUGAAAGAACCAGGACCAGAAACAGGACAAGGAUCUGACCCAGAACCAGGACGAGGCUGUGAGUCCCUGAGCAGUGACCGUUCCAAAGAUCUGCCUAUGGAGUUUAAAGGAUCCAGUCUGAGGUACAGGAUAGUCAUGUCCCUGCUGAAGUAUCCUGGACAUUUACAGACUGGUUUAUAUGGCACCGAUAGGGAGGAGGAGAGCAGAGAGGCGGCUCUGACCAUCAGUGUGGACUUCCUGAAGAGGAUGGACCAGGAACAUCUGGCCCACUGCCUGGAAAACAGUGAUGAUGUUGGAGUGUGCACAGAUAAACUGAAGCGUGAUCUGCAGCAGAGGUUCAGCCGUGUGUUUGAGGGCGUGGCUAAAGCAGGAGACUCCACCCCCCUGAACCAGAUCUACACAGAGCUCUACAUCACAGAGGGCGGAGCCUCAGAGGUCAACCAGGAACAUGAGGUCAGACAGAUGGAGACGGCGUCCAGGAGACCUGUCGCUCCAGAGACCAUCACAUGUGAAGAGCUCUUUAAACCCCGCCCACAUUCACCAGAGCCAAUCAGAUUGGUGCUGACGAAGGGCGUGGCCGGCGUGGGGAAAACAGUGCUGACUCAGAAGUUCAGUCUGGACUGGGCUGAAGGUCGGGCCCACCAGGACCUCCAGCUGCUGUUCCCGUUCACUUUCAGAGAGCUCAAUGUGCUCAGAGACACACAGUUCAGCCUGGUGGAGCUGCUGCACCACUUCUUCAGUCCAUCCAAACAUCUCUGCAGCUUCCAACAGCUCCAGGUGCUCUUCAUCUUUGACGGUCUGGACGAGUGCAGACUUCCUCUGGACUUCGCCAAAACCAAGGUCCUGACCGACCCCACAGAGUCCGCCUCAGUGCACGUGCUGCUGGUGAACCUCAUCAGGGGGAGCCUGCUUCCCUCCGCUCUCCUCUGGAUAACCACGCGCCCCGCCGCGGCCAAUCAGAUCCCUGCUGAGUGCGUCUCCAUGGUGACAGAGGUCAGAGGGUUCACUGACCCACAGAAGGAGCAGUACUUCAGGAAGAGGUUCAGAGACCAGGCCACAGCGUCAUUCUCCCACAUCAAGAGCGUCCGCAGCCUCCACAUCAUGUGCCACAUCCCGAUCUUCUGCUGGAUCCUCUCCACAGUUCUACAGAAACUUCUGGAACAAACAGGCAGACCAGAGCUGCCCCGGACUCUCACACAGAUGUACGUCCACUUCCUGGUGGUGCAGGCCAAAGUCAAGAACAUCAAGUAUCAUCAGGGAUCAGGGGAGGACCUUCACUGGACUCUAGAGACCAGGAAGAUGGUGCUGUCUCUGGGAAAACUGGCCUUUGAGCAGCUGCAGAAAGGAAACCUGAUCUUCUACGAGAGUGACCUGAGCGAGUGUGGGCUGGACGCUGCAGCGGCCUCAGUGUACUCCGGAGUGUUCACACAGGUCUUUAGAGAGGAGCCAGGCCUGUACCAGGACAAGGUCUACUGCUUCAUCCAUCUGACUGUGCAGGAGUUUCUGGCAGCUCUUCACGUCCAUCUGACCUUCUUCAUCUUUAGAAGGAACCUGCUGAAGCCACCACACUCUCCUGAGAGUCCAGACCCUGAAGUCUUCUACCGUUCUGCUGUGGACCAGGCCUUACAGAGUCCAAACGGACACCUGGACCUGUUCCUGCGCUUCCUCCUGGGGUUGUCUCUGCGGACCAAUCAGAGGCUGCUGCAGGGUCUGCUGAGUCACACAGGAAGUGAACGGACCAAUCAGGAGACAGUAAAGUACAUCAAACAGAAGCUGGAUGAAGAGGAUCUGUCUGCAGAGAGAAGAAUGAACCUGCUCCACUGUCUGAACGAACUCAACGACCAAAGUCUGGUGCAGGAGAUACAGAAGAACAUGACAGGAGGACGUCUCUCUGAUACAGACAUGUCUCCUGCUCUGUGGUCGGCUCUGUCCUUCAUCUUACUGUCCUCAGACUCAAACCUGGAGGAGUUUGACCUGAGGAAAUACCAGCGCUCAGAGAACGCUCUCCUGGGUCUGCUGCCAGUGAUUAAAGCCUCCACCAAAGCCCUGUGAGUCCAGACUGUAUUU